UGUUGCUCAAUAAUGCGACCACUGCGACGCAACAGGAAAUAUGGGUGUAAUUAAUCGACAAACACUUGUUGAUUCUUGUUUCCAAAUAUAUUUACAAUUUUUCGAGAUUUUGAACAUAAUAUCUUCUGAUGUUGACUCUCAACCUUUGGCUUAUAGAUUAUCAUUUGUUUACUGAGAAGAUAAAAACUGUGUGAGCAACAUUGGAAAUUUUAAGUCCUACUUUUUGGGGAGCAGUUUCUAUCUCUUAUUAAUACAUCGUACAUAGAAUCGUCUAGUAAUUCACCACUAUUUACAUAUAUAAAUACUAUUUGGAUAAAUUACAUAAGUCAUUCUUAUUACAGCCCUAUCGCAGUCACAUACUUUUUUCAUCCUACACCUGUGAACAACGAUGUCGAUACAAUAAAUAUAUUUUAAAUGUAUUCUUACUUAUAUUACUUUGUUUUAUGCCCUCAUAUACAUACCUUAAAUAAAUUAUUUAUUUAUCAAAUAAGCUAUGUAUUAGACGCCUGCAAAUGCCAACUAGUGUUACCAUCUAUUGGUUUAAUGCAAAACUGCCGUAUACAAGAAUCAAGUUAUUAACAAAUGUAUAAUUCAUAGCAAAUUGUUUCGAUAUUUAAGAUGCAUAAUGCAUACAUUCAAUUGCAUCAUCAAAAUAUUAUAAUUUAAAGUUUACUUGUCACUUUAAAAUCGAACACAUCUGCUGAUGCGGCGCUCUUCAUUUACCGACGUACCCCACGUUCAUUAUUUUGUACGAUUAACAUUUGUAAACAUUUAUUACUUGUACACGCUUAUACAGAGAAUAUACGAUUAUUACUAAAGAUUUGUUAGUUAUAAAUCUGUCAUAAAACAAUAUGGGUGAAUGAGAUGCGUUUAAAUAUUCCUGCAAGGGACACAUAUCGUGACACGUAAUAUCCUUAACCAAGAAUGUUCAUGUAUAAACAACAUUUUUAAACAUAUCUUCCAUUCGAUUGUAAUUUUGUUUAAUAUGGAUGACGAGCAAUGCGCAAAAAGACCAAAAUUGGAAAACGCAACGAGUAUAAAGGAAGGUGAAACUGAAAUUGUGGUAACCAACACAAAUGUGUUCUACAAUCCAGUUCAAGAAUUUAACAGAGACCUCAGUACUGCGGUGUUAACGGUUUACGCGAAAGCCAGAAGCACAGAAGUUUCAAAGAAAGGUAUACAGCGAGGUAACAUAACUGUUCUAGAGGCUUUGUCAGCAACUGGUUUACGUAGUAUACGCUAUGCCAAAGAAGUACAAGGCAUAAAGCAAAUUGUGGCCAACGAUAUCUCUGCGAAGGCAGUGGAGAGCAUCAAAAAGAAUGUACAAUAUAAUAAAGUAGAAAAUCUUGUAACACCAAGUCACGAGGACGCGACACUGCUGAUGUAUCAGAGCAGAAAAGAAUGUUUCGAUGUCAUAGAUUUGGAUCCGUAUGGUUGUCCAACGAUAUUCUUGGAUGGAGCUGUCCAAUGUGUGUCGGAUGGUGGACUACUUAUGGUUACAGCAACAGACAUGGCUGUAUUGGCUGGGAAUUCUCCUGAAACUUGUUACCUAAAAUAUGGAGCUGUUUCCUUGAAAUCUAAAGCUUGUCAUGAAAUAGCAUUAAGGAUUUUGUUACAGAAUAUUGCUUCCCAUGCAGCUCGUUAUGGAAGAUACAUAGUACCGAUACUUUCUAUAAGCGCAGAUUUUUAUAUCAGGGUAUUUGUUAAAAUAUUCUCCAGCCAAAUUAAAUGCAAGGACAAUGCUACCAAAGUAGGAAUGAUAUAUCGGUGUACAGGUUGUGAAAGUAUUAAUACUCAACCGUUCUGUUACAAAAAGUCUUCUGGACCUUACAAAGUAUCGCAAUCGCCGUGCGUGGACCAACUAUGUAAUAUCUGUCAACACAAACAACAUACUGGAGGACCUAUAUGGUUGGGAACCUUGCAUGAUCAACAAUUUGUCUCUGAACUUUUAUGUAAUUUACAUAACAUGAGGUUGGGAACCUUGAAGAGGAUAGAGGGAGUCCUAAACGUUAUUCACGAGGAGUUAGAUGUACCACUGUACUAUACUCUGGAUCGUUUAAUGUCUACAGUCAGGUGUCACACGCCGUCGAUGUUAAUGUUUAGGUCUGCAUUGUUGAAUGCAGGAUACAGUGUAUCCUAUUCACAUGCAAAUAAAAUAUCUAUAAAAACAGACGCGCCAAAUGAAGUUAUUUGGGACAUUGUACGCACAUGGGAAAAAGAUCAUCCCGUAAAACGGGACAAGUUGCAAAACAACAGUCCUGCAGCAAAUAUAUUAAAUACACCAAUAAGUACAAAAAUUUCGUUUGAUAUACAUCCUCUAGCUAAUCCUGCUUCCAGGCAGAAACACUUGACUCGGUUUCAACACAAUCCAACCAUCAACUGGGGACCUGGUACACGUGCAAAAACAAUAAUCGAUUUAGAAACCAGUGUGAAAGAUUCGAAGAAAAUAAAAAAUCAGAAUAAGAAUUUUAAAAGAGAAAAACAUCAACUGAAAGAAAGUAAUGAAGAUAUGAAGCAUGUUUUAAAUUCUGAGUCUCCGUGAGUAAAAAAUAGAAAUUUUUAUGUUUAACAAGUGAAGGAUGAAUUGAACAAAGGUGAAGCGUUUGUACACAUAUAAUUAACGACAAUAUUUGUAAGAAAUGCAGAUGCAUUGAAUCUUCUUCAUUUGCCAAUUUUUGAACUCCAAUUUGUACAUGUAACAUACAUACACACACACAUUUUCUGUAAUGUUUAUAUAAUUGUAAAUAUGAAUAUAUAUUCAUAAUUUGAAACUGUA